CGCCGUCUCCCCGAACCCUAGCCUCGCCGCCGCGGAGGACUACCGCCUCGGCGACCUCACCAGGCCGCAAGCCCACCUCAAGGCCCACGCCGUCCUCGGCCUCGGCCUCUCCCUCUCCACCGGCGGCGCCCCUGCAGCGCAGCAGCAGUAAACAGCCAGAUACAAGAAGUUGGAAGCAAUGGGGGCGUCUCUCAGCUUCCCCAACAACGGGAAGCAAACCUUGGAGCACGGGGAAGCGUCGAAGCCAGGUUCCUCGAAGAAGCUACGCCACGGUCAUUACCACCCGAGGCUGAUUCCUGACCUCCCGGACGAGAUCUCCCUGCAAAUCCUCGCGAGGAUGCCAAGGGUGCGGUAUCUUAGCAGCAAGAUGGUUUCACGGAGCUGGAAGGCCGCCAUCACAGGUGUGGAGCUGUACCGGGUGAGGAAGGAGCUUGGCGUGGAUGAGGAAUGGAUUUACAUACUCACCAAGGCGGCCGAUGGCAAGCUGUCGUGGCAUGCUUUUGAUCCGCUUUGCAGCCGGUGGCAGAGGCUGCCGCUCAUGCCCGGGGUUGCUCGUGGGGGGAGCCGUUUAGGCGGUUUGGUGAGCGCUGGGAUUAGGAUCUCUGGUGCUAUUAGAGGCUUGCUUCGCCAGGAGGAUUGGUUGGACAAGAUUCCCUUUUGUGCUUGUGCCGUUGGAACGAUCGAUGGAUGCCUCUAUGUUUUGGGCGGGUUCUCCAGAGCCACAGCGAUCAAAAGUGUGUGGAAGUAUGAUCCAGCUGUAAAUCUGUGGCAGGAAGUAAGCUCGAUGAGCACCGCACGAGCGUUUGGCAGGACUGGCCUGUUGAACAACAAGCUGUACGUUGUCGGCGGUGUCAUCAGGGAAGAAACUGGAUUGGCUCCGCUUCAAUCUGCUGAAGUGUUUGACCCGGCCACAGGAAUCUGGGCAGAUGUGCCAAACAUGCCCUUCUCCAAAGCACAAACUCUGCCGACUGCAUUCCUGGCCGACUUACUGAAGCCGGUUGCUACAGGAAUAGUCUCGUUUGGAGGCAAGCUGUAUGUGCCUCAGAGCUUGUAUUCCUGGCCGUUCUUUGUUGAUAUUGGUGGGGAGGUGUUUGAUCCCGCGACGGACUCAUGGUCAGAGAUGCCUGUAGGCCUGAGCGAGGGUUGGCCUGGGAGGCAAGCAGGGACAAAAUUAAGUGCUGUUGUGAAUGGGGACCUAUAUGCUCUGGAGCCACCGACUUGUUCUGAUGGAGGCAAGAUAAAGACGUAUGAUCCGAAGGAAGAUACAUGGAAGGCUGUUGUUGGCCAGGUGCCUGUUGGUGACUUUGCGGAGUCAAAAUGUCCGUACUUGCUUGCGGGGUUUCUUGGGAAGCUCCAUUUGGUCAUCAAAGAUAUGAACAACAUGAUCAGCAUCCUGCAAACGGACACUCUAAAGCCUAUGGAUGCAACUGGCUCGACAUGCCAAAACCCCGAUGUCUCUUGGCCUUUGGAGCAAGGCAAUGAUGUUUGGAGAAUGGUGGGCUCAAAGAAAUUUGCGGCUGCCGAACUUGUUAGCUGCCAGGCGCUCAGCAUAUGAAGCUUGGAGAAACCAUACAUACAUUCUGCUCUGCUGUACGUACCCUGUGAAUCAUUGUGUCUUUUGUAAAGUAGAUAACUUUCUAUCAUACAUCUGAUCAAGCCAUGAUGAACUUGUUGGGUUCACCUCAACAGCACAUGUGAAUGUCGAUUAGAAUGUAAUCUUGCCAGCAGUGUGCACCAAUCUGUGUUUAAUCCAUAUAUGUAAGUAAAUGUUUGGUUCUGUCUACACCUAUAUAUAAUAACUUCACAUUAGAGGGAGAAAGUCAUUGCUUUGGCCAUCUGAA